AUGCCUUCUCCAAACUCGCAUCCAAAGAUUCUCCUCAACGGCGCAACCGGAUACGUAGGCGGGUCCGUCCUCCACCUCCUCCUCAAGCACCCUUCACUCACUUCCACGACCUCCCCUUCUUCGCCAAUCACGGUCCCAAUUCGUGGCGGUCCAGAACGAGUCGCAAGGAUAAAAGAAGCAUAUGGCUCGCGCGUGAAGCCCGUCUCAAUCAUAUCCUACGACGACACGUUAGCUCUGGAAGCUCUCGCUUCUCAGUAUGAUGUCGUAAUCAACGCGGGCUCUGGGUUCCAUCCUCCCUCGGCAGAGGCCUUUGUCCACGGUCUCGCGAAGCGCAAGGAUCGUAAUGGAGGCCGACCAAUCUGGAUGAUCCACACGUCGGGAGCGUUUAAUAUUGCGGAUAAGCCUUUGACUGGAACAAAUAGGCCGGAUGCCGAGUAUGAAGACGCGUUAGCGGAAAAGAUGUACGAGUUUGAAGAGGCCGAGGACGCAAAAGAUCCAUACCCUCAACGGACUGCAGAGUUGGCCGUGCUCCGGAUUGGAGAUCAGCUCGGCGUCAAUGCGACGAGCAUCCAGUCGCCCUGCAUAUUCGGACCCGGCUCGGGACUCUUUAAUAAGGCUGGCUUGAUGAUCCCCAUCAUGAUGGGCUACGUGCUCCAAAAUGGCUGCGGGUUGACGCUUGGUGAUGAGACGGGCUGCAUCGACUACGUCCACAUUUUAGACCUCGCCGACCUCUACGUCCUCUGCGUACUGGACAUUGUCGAGCGCGGGGGCGCCAACGUCCCUCGGGGCAAGAAGGGUAUCAUGUUCCCGACCGUGGGGAGGACGUUGACGAUUAACAUCCCCCGAAAGUGUCUCGAUAUCGCGUUUGCCACGGGAAAUCUCCCCAAGGAGGGCGGGCCGCGGGAGAAGAUUGUGCGCAACGUCAGCCUCGAGGAGGCAGCGGAGACGUGUGCGGGGAAUUUGGAUGUUGCGGAGACUGGGUAUGCUGGGCACCGCAAGACAAAGGGGACUGUGGCCAGGGAGAAGCUGGGGUGGAGGCCGGUUCAUGGGGAAGAGGCUUGGAGGAGAGACUUUGAGACGGAGUUGAGGGCUGCUUUGAAUGGGCAGAGGCCGCUUACGAUGGCGAAUUGUAUCGCUGGCAGCAAGUGA